CGAAUUCACCUAAACCGAAGGAUACAAAGCACAACCAUACAAUGCAAGUGCUGAAGUUGCUUGACAAUAUCUUGUGUGCCGUCAGGACUCCCAUCAUCCACAACAAUGAUCUCAAAAUCAACAUCUCUUACAUCAGACAAUAAGUGCCAAAGCAAAUCAACUUCUUGUCUUUUUCAUUUUAUUACGCAAUGGUAUAAAUAUUCUCCGACCACUAAACCAGAGGUCGUAUAUAUAACCAACAUGAAAACCAGGUGAAGCUUCUUCACGAGGCUUCCGGUCAUAUAGUGACGGUUGAGCUAAAGAGCGGGGAGCUAUACAGAGGAAGCAUGAUCGAGUGUGAGGAUAACUGGAACUGUCAGCUCGAAGACAUCACCUUUACCGCUAAGGAUGGUAAGGUAUCACAGCUUGAGCAUGUCUUCAUUCGAGGCAGCAAAGUCAGGUUCAUGGUCAUACCUGACAUUCUCAAGCAUGCUCCAAUGUUCAAGCGCUUAGAUGCUAGAAUCAAGGGAAAGAGCGGAUCACUGGGUGUUGGCAGAGGUAGAGCUGCAAUGCGAGGAAAAGCCCCGGCUACUGGGCGUGGAACUGGAGGAAGGGGAGCUGUACCACCUGUGAGAAGAUGAUUGAAUCUAUGCUUUAACAUGAGGCAAACAAGAGAGAUAUGUCCAGAUGCACUAUUAGUUCUGUAUUUUGGGGGUACUACUAAGAUGUUAUAACCUUGACAAGUUUUGCUUAUGAUAUGUUUUUCUCAUAUUCCAUUUUCUGGCAGUAGAUUAAUUAAACAACACACAUGAGUUAGGACGAUUACACCAUAUCAUUAAGAUGGCUAUCAAGUACCAUAUAGCAAUGGUUUGCAGAAUGUUUGAGACGUUCCUGAGUGGCAUUAACCAAAAUGAAGCGCAUAAUAUCCCGAAGGGCUUUACAACAAUUAUAUACAUGUAAGUUUAAAGGUGAUUCCCUUCACAAAUUGAAUGUUAUGUAAAGCAUGGUAAAAAAAAUAAAAAAAAAUAUUGCAUCUUUUUAUUCUCUCUCAAGUAAAGAAAGAUCUAAAGUAGAAGAGAAGAACUCUCAACCAACAGUUGUAAAUCACAUACUUAGAUUCGUUCUUAUUACUAUAGUUUUUUCUCCUCCACUAAAGUAGAAACCCAGCUGGUUCAGUUCUUGCAGCAUAAGAGAACUUUGAUGUGUUGUACUUCCUGUGAACUCCUGUUAGCUUCCCUGUUCCUGCCUUUUGAUGGAAACCAACCAUCUUCCUUGCGCAUUCCCUGGAAAA